AUGACGAGCAGUCGACCCAAUUCUUCGCGUAUAUCAAACAAGGAACCAAAUGAAGUAACAACAAGAGUUUCAUCAGCAAAUGUGCGAAAAGAAAAACAAUCUUCAGUUCCCCAAAAAGCGACAUCCAAUAUCAACAUGUUUGCUUAUUUCUGGCUUGAUGAAGAUGUAAAUAAAACGAAAGAUAAUCAAGAAACACAAAAAGAAUUGAGGAAAGUCAUCAAUUCAUUACAAACAUUCGAAAAUUCUGAUGAAUGUGAACAGGAGAUCCGGAAAAUUAUAGAAGAAAAAGUUGUUCUUAUUUCUUCUAAUCCAUUGGCUCAUCAACUAGUUCCUCGCAUACAUGAUCUUUCACAAUUCAAGGCAUGCUACAUUUUUUGCUCAGAUCAAUCAGUCGACAAACAAUGGAUUACCGACUAUGCUAAAAUUAAAGGCAUUUUUACUCAACGAUCGGAACUGAUCGCUCGAAUUACUCAAGAUCAAACUGUUCGAGUUCUAAUCGAAGAUUCCGGAAUGAUUUCAAUAGUCAGUCGCAAUACUGAAUCAUUAGAAAGUCGAAAUGCUAUGUUUAUGUGGUUUCAAUUAUUUAUUGAAGUACUUUUUCGUAUGCAUCAUAAAUCCAAUGCUCGACAAGAAUUGAUUGAUGUUUGUAAAGAACAAUAUCAAAAUAAUUCCGAAGAACUCUCGAUUAUUAACGAAUUUGAGAAGACAUACAAAACAGAAAAUGCUAUCUGGUGGUAUACACGUGAAUGUUGCCUAUAUCGUAUUUUAAACAAAGCAUUGCGCAAUCAAAAUUUCGAUUUAUUAUUUGCACUUCGUUUUUUCAUUACUGAUCUCUCAAAUCAAUUGAGAAAGGAAUACGAACAUUAUUUACGUAAAAUGCCUACACGUGAUAUUAUUCGAGUCUAUCGUGGUCAAGCAAUCGAUUUAAAUGAAUUGAAAUUAAUUCAAUCCAGCAUUGGAGAAUUUAUUUCAAUGAAUUCAUUUCUUUCCACCAGUCUUGAAUACAAAACUGCUCUUAGUUUCCUGCAGUCGAUUAAACCAAAUAAUGAAAUUGAUCGAAUUCUAUUCGAAAUUGACAUCGAUCCACGUCAAAAAACAGUACCAUUUUGUAAAAUCGAUCGUUUGAGUUAUAUCGCAAGUGAAAAUGAAGUUCUUAUUAUGCUUGGAGCAUUAUUUCGUAUUGAAUCGAUUCAUGAAGAUAAAGAGGAAAAACUUUGGAUUGCACAUAUUACAUUAGCUAGUGAAGAUGAUUUUUAUUUAAAAGAAACAUUUGCUCAUAUGAAAGAUAAGAUUGGUGAUGAAACAAAUUUACAUUCGCUUGGAAAAAUUUUAACUGAAAUGGGAGAAUAUAAACAAGCACAAAAAUGUUAUAAACGAAUGAUUUAUGAAUCUCAACUUGAUGAAAGUAUAGGAUAUAGUGGUCUUGGAUGGGCAGAUCAUUGGCUAAAUCAAUAUGAUGAAUCUCUAUCAAAUUUACAUAAAAGUUUAUCAUUAUUAAAUGAAGUUGGUCUAGAUAUUUGUGAAGAAAAAGGUCGACUACAUAGUUCAAUUGGUCUCGUUUACUGGAGAAAAAAAUUAUAUUCUGAAGCAUUAGAAAAUUUAAAUACAGCUUUAAAAAUUCAACAAGCGACUUUGCCAUCCGAACAUCCAGAUAUAUUAGCAACAUAUAAUCGUUUUGCAAUUACAUAUAGCGCAAUGAAUGAAGUAGAUUUAGCCUUAGAAUAUUAUAACAAAUGUUUAAAUAUUCGAUUGGCUACAUUACCACAUAAUCAUCCUGAUAUUGCUACGUCGUAUAACAAUAUUGGAUGGUUGUAUCAUGAAAAGAUAGGUGAUUAUGUUAAAGCAUUAGAUUUCUUUCAAAAAUCUCUGGCUAUUUGUCGAAAAAUAUUACCACCAACACAUCGCGAUAUUAUUCGAACCGAACAGAAUAUUCGUAAAGUGAAUGAAAAACUUCAAAACAAAUCACAGACAUAG